GGACGGUGCCAGGAGCCCCUCAUUCGGCCGCACACCUGCGCCCGCACCGCCGGCUCCUCCACGCCGCUCCCCGUCCCUGCCGGUGUCACCGGCCACCGCUCGACCCAGGAGUGGCCGGCGCCGCGGAGCGAGGUGGCCAUGGGCCCGGGCCCCGCCCACUAGCAGGCCGCCGUCAUGUCCCGAGAGGCAGGCUCGUGCCGCCUGGGCCCCGGGGCGCGGGCGCGGGCCCGCAAGCCCAAGAAGCCGCACUACAUCCCGCGGCCCUGGGGCAAGCCCUACAACUACAAGUGCUUCCAGUGCCCCUUCACCUGCCUGGAGAAGUCGCACCUCUACAACCACAUGAAGUACAGCCUCUGCAAGGACUCGCUCUCGCUGCUGCUCGACUCCCCGGAAUGGGCGUGCCGUCGCCCCCCGGCCGCGCCCCGGCCCCGCGCGCCCACCCCCGACCGCCCCUCGGGCCCCACAGACACGGGCGGCCAGCCCCGAGGAGGAGGAGGAGGAGGAGGAGGAGGAGGAGGAGGAGGAGGAGGAGGAGGAGUGCGGCCCCCUGACGCUCCCCCUGCGCCCGACCCGGCCUCCCCAGUCCUCUCCCUGCGCCGCCACGUCGGGGGCCCUAAGCUGGGGGCGGAGGGGUCCCCUGCGGCCCGGGAUGCUCCGAAGGGUGUGGGCCUCGGCGGGCUCCUGGCUGAGUCCUGGAAGCCGGGGCCGGGCGGGGCUCCCGGGGGCCUGGCCGUGGUGGACGCGGCUGCAGCGGGCCCUGAGAGCGGGGUUCCCUGCUACCCCCCACCCGCCCCCAGUGAGUUCCCCGAGGCCCAGAGCCUCCACGUGUCCCUGCUGGGUGUCAACUGCCCUCUCGGGCCGGGUCUCUUCUCCUACCUGGGACCCUCCUUGGCCGCUGCGGCCCACAUGCCCUUUCUGGCCUCGGCCAGCCCCCUGCUGCCGCCGGCUUCCACUUUCCCUUCCCCACAAGCCCCCGAGCGCCCUGCCCUGGUCCCCCGCCUAUACUACCCCCUGCUCCUGGAGCAUACCCUGGGGCUGCCAGCAGGCAAGGCUGCCCCUGCCAAGCCCCCAGCAGCCCCAAAGGGGCCCCCUGGGGCUCUGGCCCCGGGGCUGCUGAAAGUGCCGGUGCCUGGGCUGGGCAGGCCCUGGCCCCGAGGAGGAGCCCCUAGGGACUCAGGGCCGGAGGGGGAGCUGGAGCCGGCUGCCCAGAGUGACCCCAAGAGGAGGCUGCCCCUGGGAAGCAGUCUGGAGCCCCUGAGGGCCCCCUGUAGCGUGGUGAAGUUUGGUUCCCAGAGCAGCUUGCAGACUGGCCCCUCCGCGAUGCUCUGGCCUGAGGACAAGGAGCCCAGCAACCCUGAGCCCCCAGGCCCCAUGGCCCUCCUGCCCCAGCAGCCCCUGGACCUAGUGCCAGGUGGCCCCGGGCACGUGGGUGAGGACCUCACCCGGGCCCUGGGUGACUAUGCCAGGGUGGAGCAGCGCCUGGGGCAGUUGGCGCCUGCCGGGGGCCUGGCCCCUCGGCCUCUGCGGGAGCAGCUGGGCAAGAUUCGCCAGGAGCUGCUCACCAUCCACCAGGCCCUGGAGCGGGCUGUUCGGCCGCCGGACGCACCCCUCGACCUCUCUGUGAAACGGGUGCCCACCAAGGGGCUCAAGGGGCCUGUGGGGCCCUGGGGGCAGCGGGAGCUGGGCCCCACGCUCGCCCAGGGGGCCCCCGAGCCACCCAGCAUGCUGGGCCCUGCACCAGCUGAGCCUUUCUCUGGCCACACCACCAAGUGCGAGGCUGACUCCAGUGUCCCACCCCCGGGCCUCCCCCUUCAGGCCCCGGAGGACCCUGUCAUUCCUGGUAGCAGUUGGGGUGCCCGAGGUGGGCCUGUGGGCUCCUGGCCCCCUGAGGCUGUCCCUAGCAUUCAGAGCCCCCCUGGUGCUGAGGUCUGACCACAGCUUCUGUGUUAGCUCUGCUCUUAACAGACAGGCACUCCUCUCCAACCCCGUGUCCGCUGCCUGGCCCCCCACCUGCCCCAGCCCCAGAGGCGUGGCCUAGAGCCUGUCCAGCAUGCCUGUGGACUGACCUGCCAUGGCUGUCGCCUGUCUAUGAGGGCAUGAGGGACAGUGGAGGGUCAUAGCUACGUACUGAUCACAAUCGUGGACGUUAAAAUAGAAACUAUCUUCACACA